AAGUCUUGCAUGACCCGGGGUGGGCGGGAUUACGUGCAGUUUUUUGAGCCUUGGGCUGGGGGCCUCCAGGAAGCUGAAACGGAAAUUGCCUAGGCCCCUGGGGCAUCGGAGGUCCUACCGCAGCUCCUAGUAGGUGGUGGGGGCGCACCGGCGGUCCCCACUCAGUCCUGGUGGGGCCGCACGUAACUGUCCUGAGAUAUGCAUAAGCCCUUUGACCACGCAUGGAGAAUAUCACCACCCAGAGACACGCGAGUGGCCCUGUGCAAGUUUCAACUGCGCGGGGGCGGGGAAUUCCGCAGACAGGAUUCGAGAAUUUAUGUCUUGUAACAUUUCAGCCGGUGGGCGGCGGGGAUUAGGCGUGAAGCGGUUCAGUAGGCAGAGGUUUUCGGACGCCCUCCGGCGAAGCCACCUGUUGAUAUAUUUGACUUUCUGUCCUCGUUCCUCAUCCCAUCUGGAGCAUUUCCAAUUCUGCUUUGCGGAGCAGCAGGUCUGAGCUUGUACGGCGAGGGUGGGAGUUGGUCCCGGCGGAGAUCCAGUGGGAAGAGCCGACGGCUGCCCGGGCAACUCCCCCACUGGAAAGGAUUCUGAAAGAAAUGAAGUCAGCCCUCAGAAAUGAAGUUGACUGCCUGCCUGCUGGCUUUCUGUUGACUGACCCGGAGCUGUACUUCUGCAGACCCUUGUGAGCUUCUGUAGUCUAAGAGUAGGAUGUCUGCUGAGGUCAUCCAUCAGGUCGAAGAAGCACUUGACACAGAUGAGAAGGAGAUGCUGCUCUUUUUGUGCCGGGAUGUUGCUGUAGAUGUGGUUCCACCUAAUGUCAGGGACCUUCUGGAUAUUUUACGUGAAAGAGGUAAGCUGUCUGUCGGGGACUUGGCUGAACUGCUCUACAGAGUGAGGCGAUUUGACCUGCUCAAACGGAUCUUGAAGAUGGACAGAAAAGCUGUGGAGACCCACCUGCUCAGGAACCCUCACCUUGUUUCGGACUAUAGAGUGCUGAUGGCAGAGAUCGGUGAGGAUUUAGAUAAAUCUGAUGUAUCCUCAUUAAUUUUCCUCAUGAAGGAUUACAUGGGCCGAGGCAAGAUAAGCAAGGAGAAGAGUUUCUUGGACCUUGUGGUUGAGUUGGAGAAACUAAAUCUGGUUGCCCCAGAUCAACUGGAUUUAUUAGAAAAAUGCCUAAAGAACAUCCACAGAAUAGACCUGAAGACAAAAAUCCAGAAAUACAAGCAGUCUGCUCAAGGAGCAGGGGCAGGUUAUAAGAAUGUUCUCCAAGCAGCAAUCCAAAAGAGUCUCAAGGACCCUUCAAAUAACUUCAGGCUCCACAAUGGGAGAAGUAAAGAACAAAGACUUAAGGAGCAACUUGGCACUCAACAAGAACCAGUGAAGACAUCCAUUCAGGAAUCAGAAGCUUUUUUGCCUCAGAGCAUACCUGAAGAGAGAUACAAGAUGAAGAGCAAGCCCCUAGGAAUCUGCCUGAUAAUCGAUUGCAUUGGCAAUGAGACAGAGCUUCUUCAAGACACCUUCACUUCCCUGGGCUAUGAAGUCCAGAAAUUCUUGCAUCUCAGUGUGAAUGGUAUAUCCCAGAUUCUUGGCCAAUUUGCCUGUAUGCCUGAGCACCAAGACUACGAUAGCUUUGUAUGUGUCCUGGUGAGCCGAGGAGGCUCGCAGAGCUUGUAUGGUGUGGAUCAGACUCACUCAGGACUCCCCCUGCAUCACAUCAGGAGGAUGUUCAUGGGAGAUUCAUGCCCUUAUCUAGCAGGGAAGCCAAAGGUGUUUUUUAUUCAGAACUAUGUAGUGUCAGAGGGCCAGCUGGAGGACAGCAGCCUCUUGGAGGUGGAUGGGCCAGCAAUGAAGAAUGUGGAAUUCAAGGCUCAGCAGCGAGGGCUGAGCACAGUUCACCGAGAAGCUGACUUCUUCUGGAGCCUGUGCACUGCGGAUGUGUCCCUGCUGGAGCGGUCCUGCAGCUCACCGUCCCUGUACCUGCAGUGCCUCUCCCAGAAACUGAGACAAGAAAGAAAACGCCCACUCCUGGAUCUCCACAUUGAACUCAAUGGCCACAUGUAUGAUUGGAACAGCAGAGUUCCUGCCAAGGAGAAAUAUUAUGUCUGGCUGCAGCACACUCUGAGGAAGAAACUUAUCCUCUCCUACACAUAAGAAACCAAAAGGCCAUGCCUGGCUCAUGCCUGUAAUCCCAGCACUUUGGGAGGCCAAAGAGGGCAGAUCACUUCAGGUCAGGAGUUUGAGACCAGCCUGGCCAACAUGGUAAACGCUAAUAAAAAUACAAAAAUUAGCCGGAUGUGGGGGUGGGUACCUGUGUUCCCAGUUACCUGGGAGGCUGAGGCAGGAGGAUCUUUUGAACCCAGGAGUUCAGGGUCAUAGCAUGCUAUGAUUGUGCCUACAAAUAACCACCACAUAGCAACCUGGGCAAUAUAGCAAGACCCCAUCUCUUAAAAGAAAAAAAUGGGACAGGAACUAUCUUA